AUGGUGGCCCAGUGGCUAACCCCAACGCUGGCGUUUGCCGAUUUGCUGGUGCAGCCAUUGCAAUCGGCCGUCAGCAUCGUCGCCCACAAUGAUCUGAAUGGGUUCAACGACUCGGCUGCGCAAAGCAGCGUAAUCAUUGUGCACACUAAGCACUCGAUCAAAUCGGCACAGUCGGCCUGCGCGGAACUCAAUGCGACAUUGUGGCCGGGUGCAAAGAGGGAAAUAUCUGUUUCACAAUCCUCGAUUCGAGCCCUUCUCAGACAGCAGGAGGAGCCUGAAGCUUCUGGCUACUGGAUUCGCGCAGAUGGCGAUCGGACUCUGGCAUUGAAUCCCCAAGGAAACGUGGUGUCCGCAGACGGAAGCUCACUGCUGCCAGUGCUCUGUACACGUAGCGUGCCGAUCCCAACGGCGAAAAACCAAGACACGCUGAGAACAUGGCUGGUAGACGCCAUCACCUUCAACUUUCUAGGAGUGCGAUAUGCACCACAACCCGAACGCCUAGCCUACUCGACCAGAUAUAUCGGCUCGGGUGGACUCCGUCCGGCCCUGACCCUCGGCAGCAAAUGCACCCAAGACGGCGAAGGAUCCGAGGAUUGCCUCUUCCUCAACAUCUGGACGUCUUUCCUACCCGGCUCCCGAUCAAACACCACCAUGGAUCUCAAGGCCGUCAUGUUUUACAUCCACGGCAGCGCACUGACGGGCUCCGGCGGCGACCCGACCUUUGACGGCACCAACCUCGCCUCCAGGGGCGACGUGGUCGUCGUCACCGUCAACUACCGCCUCGGGGCCCUGGGCUUCCUUGCCCUGGCCGACACCGAUGCCCGCGGCAACUAUGCCCUGGGUGACCUCAUCACCGCCCUCGACUGGGUCCGCGACAACAUUGCCUCGUUCGGCGGCGACCCGAACCGCAUCACCGUGCUGGGCCAGUCGGCAGGCGCCGCCCUCGUCCGCGCCAUGAUGGCCUCGCCCCGCGCGGCCGGCAAGUUCGCCGGCGCCGUGCUGCUCAGCUACCUGGGUGGGUACGGCGCGGGCGGGGUGUUCCAAAAGUACUACACGGUGGAGGAGCAGAUGGCCCUCGUGAGCGACCAGGUCCUCAACGCCACAAACUGCUCCACCGCUCCCUCGCAGCUCGCCUGCCUGCGCGCGCUGCCGGCCAACGACGUCUGGAAGGCCAACCCCAACGCGCGCCUGUUGACUAUCGACGGCGAGUACCUGGCCGACGACGAGCGGGCGCUCUUCGCACCGGGCAAGCCCCGCUACAGCCGCGGCGUGCACGUCAUGCUGGGCGUCGCCGCCGAGGACGGCCUCGAGCUGAUCGCCCCCUACCCGCCGCUACCGCGCAACCUCACAGCGCGGGACCGCGACCUCAUCACCGCGCGCGGCCUGCCCGCGCCGCCCGAGGCGCUCUUCCCGCUCGGCGCGGCCAGCAGCAACGUCACGCUCGAGGUGUACCGCAUGUGGGCGCGGCUGGCGACGGACGCCUUCUUCCGGUGCCCGGCGCAGGCCAACGCCCACGCGGCGGUCGAGACGGGCGCCGUCGGCAAGGGCGGCAGGGUCUGGUACUACCAGUUCGACCGCACGUACCAGGUUCCCCCGUGGCCGCGGCUGGACCUGUGCGAGGCGCCCGGCGGGGACGUGGACUCCCCCGAGGGCAACUUCAGGUGCCACACGGGCGAGAUGCUGUACGUCUUUGGCAACGUGGCCCGCGCGGGGCUGCCGUACCGCGACGAGGGGGAUUUGGUCUUUGAGAGGUACGUCCUGGACAGCUUUGCUUCGUUUGCGCGCACGUACGACCCGAACCCGGACGUGGCGUUUUUGGAGGCCAGGGGCUAUGCGAGCACGCUGGAGGUGGUGAAUGUCAGCGGGCGGUGGGAGCCCACGGUGAAGGGGAACAUGCGGAUGAGGGCUCUCGACUUGCCGGGCAGGGGAGACGCGAUGAAGGGGUUCCAGGAUCUGGAGCAGUCAGCAGCCGGGCCAGAAGACCCGUACAUAACGCCCUCUUUGGCAUACCGUUCCUGCCCUCCCCCUCUGUCCAAGGUUCUUUUAAAGCUCGUCGUCUGA